CGUGGCUGUCCCAGCCGGCGCCGCUCGCCGUCUCUCGCAGGAAGCCUGUCGGGACCGGGGUUUGCCGGACCGGUGGCUAGAGAAGGCUCGCCCGUCCGCCCGCUCUGCUGCCGAACUCCCGCCGCCGCCUCGAAGCCCAGCGGCGCCGGUGAGCGGCCCCGCCCCGCCGAGAGCCGCUGCCAGCCUCGCCCCACACGGAGCCGCCCGCGGCCCCGUCCCACCCGUCCCGUCCCGGCGGCGCGGCGGGCAUGGCGGAGGGCAUGCGGCGCAAAGAUGAGGAGCUGCCGGUGUACUUGGCUCGUCCCGGCACGGCGGCGGUGCCCCGGCAGAAGCGUGGCGGCCUCUUCUGCAGCGUCGAAGGCGCCUUCGAGAGCAAGACCCUGGACUUCGGUGCGCUGCGGGUCGGGCAGCGCCGCGCUCCGCCGCCCCCCGGCCCCCAGCCCAGCCCGAGCCCCGAUCCCGGCCCUGGCUUCGACACCGGCGGUCCUCCUUCCACCUCCGACGAGGAGCGGCUACCGGACGUGGCCCCCGCUGACGACAGGAGUGAUCGCCUCCUUAUCAAAGGAGGGAGGAUAGUCAAUGAUGACCAGUCAUUCUAUGCUGACAUCUACAUGGAAGAUGGCCUCAUCAAGCAGAUUGGAGACAAUCUGAUUGUCCCAGGAGGGGUCAAAACCAUAGAAGCCAAUGGGAAGAUGGUGAUCCCUGGAGGAAUCGAUGUCCACACUCGCCUGCAGAUGCCGUACAAGGGGAUGACAGCAGUGGAUGAUUUCUUUCAAGGAACAAAAGCAGCCUUGGCUGGUGGAACCACCAUGAUCAUGGACCACGUGGUGCCAGACCCCGAGUCCAGCCUGGUGGAGGCAUGGGAGCGGUGGCGGGAGUGGGCGGACGGCAAAGCCUGCUGCGACUACGCGCUGCACGUGGACAUCCCCCGCUGGAGCGACCGUGUCCGUCAGGAGCUGCACACCAUGGUCCACGAGAAAGGAGUCAACUCCUUCAUGGUGUACAUGGCCUACAAAGACUUGUACCAGAUGUCAAAUACUGAGCUGUAUGAGAUAUUUAGCUGCCUGGCAGAGCUUGGUGCUAUAGCUCAAGUUCAUGCUGAAAAUGGAGAUAUAAUUGCCCAGGAACAAGCCAGGAUGUUGGAGAUGGGAAUAACCGGCCCCGAAGGCCAUGUGCUGAGCAGACCUGAGGAGCUGGAAGCAGAAGCUGUCUUCCGGGCCAUCACAAUUGCCAGCCAGACCAACUGUCCCCUCUAUGUGACUAAAGUGAUGAGCAAAAGUGCUGCUGACCUCAUCUCACAAGCCAGAAAAAAAGGCAAUGUGGUGUUUGGUGAGCCAAUCACAGCUAGUCUCGGGACUGAUGGGACACACUACUGGAGCAAGAACUGGGCCAAGGCUGCAGCAUUUGUGGUCUCUCCACCUCUGAGCCCGGACCCAACAACUCCUGACUGCAUCAACUCCCUGCUUGCCAGUGGUGACCUGCAGGUUUCGGGAAGUGCCCACUGCACAUUCAGCACUGCGCAGAAAGCAAUUGGAAAGGACAACUUCACAGCCAUCCCAGAAGGGACCAAUGGCAUAGAGGAGCGGAUGUCUGUCAUCUGGGACAAAGCAGUGGCCACAGGAAAGAUGGAUGAGAACCAGUUUGUGGCUGUGACCAGCACGAAUGCUGCAAAGAUCUUCAACUUGUACCCACGGAAGGGGAGAAUAGCAGUGGGCUCGGACAGUGACCUGGUUAUCUGGGACCCUGAUGCUGUGAAGAUCGUCACAGCAAAAACCCAUCAGUCUGCAGCUGAAUACAACAUCUUUGAAGGGAUGGAGCUACGUGGGGCCCCAUUGGUUGUCAUAUGCCAGGGAAAGAUCAUGCUGGAGGAUGGAAACCUGCAUGUGACCCAGGGGACUGGACGCUUCCUGCCCAGCAGCCCUUUCCCUGACUAUGUCUACAAGCGCAUCAAAGCCAGGAGGAAGAUGGCAGAGAUGCAUGCUGUGCCCCGGGGCAUGUAUGAUGGACCCGUGUUUGACUUGACCACCACUCCCAAGGGGGGCACCCCUGCGGGCUCAACCAGGGGGUCCCCGACGAGACAGACGCCCCCAGUCAGGAACCUCCAUAAGUCUGGAUUCACCCUGUCAGGUACCCAGAUCGAUGAGGGGGCCCGCUCUGUGAGCAAGCGCAUUGUUGCGCCCCCGGGAGGCCGCUCCAACAUCACCACCCUCAGUUAAGUGUCCCUGCCGAGGAGGAAGCAAAACCCCUGCGAAAGCGAAGGAAGAAAAAUGGUACCUUGGUGUUUAAGAAGGAAAAGCAAAUAAACCUGUUCUGAAGAAUCGAUAAGCCUCAAGCCUUAUGUUUCACAAACGCUCCUUGCUACCUAGCUUUAAAGAUAUUGCUUCGUUUUGUUUUAUGCAUAGCCUUAAAAUCCUGUGGUUGUUGUCGUGGGUGCGGUCGGGUCGUGUUUUUACUCCUCCUCUCUGUAUGCAUGCCGCUCAGACAGGUCAGUGUGGUGUUCGUGUUGGACGCGUGUGGGACGCGGUGGCGCGGGAAGGACCCGGCGUGGGGAGCCAGCCGGGCAGGCAAAGCGUGGGGCCGGCUGGAGGCACGGCGUGGGGCGGGCAGGCGGCUGCCGGCAGGGGCAGCUGGGGCUGUGUCGUGUUUGUGUCCUCCACCUCCAGCCGGCGCUCGCUGGCGGCGCGGUGCGGGGCCCCGCGGGGCGCGCAGACCCCCGCAGCAGCAGGUGCGCAGCGCCGCGCGUCAGCGGUUUGACUACUUUGUACACUUUAUUAAAAAAAUGGGCUCCUUCAAACAA